GUUAAAUUGUCACAUUCGCGUCAAAUUGUCAGAUUUGCUCGUCGUAGAUUUAUUACCUUUGAAUCAAAUUUACGACUCAUUUACUUACUGAAAUCUUGUGAAUGAGUGAUUGACAAUAAAAGAAUAGAAUGACAUCGAUGAUGAAGCGCCGCGCUUCGAUUCAGCAGAACGCAGAAGCUGAGGUGGAUUUUCCUGAGUUCGAUAAAAGACCAGCCUGCAUCCACAUACUGCUGCUCAACAAAACAAUUCGAUUGUUUUUUGUAUUGGGCGUAGCAGCCAUCGUGAUUCCAGCAUUCGCCUACCUGUUUUUCUUCUCACAAGAAAUUGGCCACGCCCCUAAGCAACUUUUGGUCGGAACAUGCGGUCAUCCUACCUUGUAUCACAUACAGUGUGGUUUCAUAAAUAUCUCCAAAGAAGAGUGCCAUUAUCUGGAUUGCUGCUACACAAGUUUGGCCACUUGCUAUCAUUCGUUGCCGUCCGAGUACCAGUACCAGCUGGAUGGUGAUUGGUAUGAUGGAGCAAUUCUACGUCCUACCCAAAAUAAAACCCCGUACUAUCUAGCACCGUCCAAGCAAGUUCAAAUUAAGUUAACCGUUCUUGAGCAAUCUCGAAUACAGCUAUCACUAGACGUAGUUCGAGACAACGUCAGUCGACUUCAGAAUACCCAAACCCAGAAUAUGGUUGAAACCGACGAACUGCAAGCUCAGAUUUACGCGCCUACUUUCUUUGUGGAAGUGAAACGAAAGUCGAAUGAAGAGGUUAUUUUCUCCUCCGCAAGAGGACCUCUCAUUGUAACGGACAGUUUCAUCGAAUGGACGCUGUAUCUCGGGGUGGACAUUCUGUUCGGCUUAGGCGAAGCCGUACUGGAACCCGGCAAGAAGUAUCUACUACUUAACAACCAAAAUUCCUCCGCUGUUCCCGUCAUUAUGGGGUACAACGCCAAAACCAACCAAUUCAACGGAGUUGUGUUCAACAGCCCCGGGAUGACCGAAGUCGAGAUUGUUCGUUCUCGACUGAUCGUGAUACGAAGUCAGUUCACAGGAUCCUUCCAAGUGGAGCUGCUGCCGGGUCCGAAUCCGAUUAAUUUACAUCGUCAGCUGAAAACGCUAGCCCAGAACCAAUAUCUGCCAGCCUUCUGGUCGUACGGAAUUCACGUGUGCGAUCAGUCGCGUGUGAGUAAUCUUACGACCGUCCAGACGGACAUCGAAACUCUACUGGCUAAUAAAAUUAUCUUCGAUAGCCACUGCCUUCAUGAUGAUCUGUUUUGGUUGUCGAAUAGUAUGGCGAUAACCGAACAGGUGGAAGGUUUACAGCUGCUUCUAGCAGAAAAUGGCAAGCGGUUUCUGGCAUCGAUCGUGAUGGUGCUGGAAUCGACAGGGAAUUCGGCUUAUACAACAGCUCGGAAUUAUGGUUUGCUGUUGAGGAAUGCUCAUAACAUCGCCUCCUACCGGGGAUUAGUUCGCAAUCGAACGGCAGCCUAUGUGGAUUGGCGUACGACGCGGGUCGAGCUGAAUCAAUGGUUGAAUCGAACUUGGGAACGAGUUGCCAAUCUCAAUGCUUCCGGAUACAGCUUGAAGGAAGCAGCGCUACGCGAUGACGGUAACAAGAGCUAUCCAAUGCAGGGUCAGUUGGCGUAUCUUCCAGCUGAGCUGAACAGUUCCAUUGCCGAUUUGAUUCGUUGGGAUACUAAGGUUUCCGACAGUAUGGAGAUGCUGAUCAGAAGUCAAAAUCGAAUUGGUCCUGAGAUGAUGCGAGCCGUUCAAAAACAAAUUGGAAGUGAGGAGGAAUUGUUGAUUGCCGGAGCGUAUGAUAUUCACUCUAAGGCUGCCAUUCUAGCCCAGAAUGUGUCAGCGAAUUGGAUAUCGCUACGGAAUGAGGUGAAUCGAGCGAUCGGUCUCUCGGUGGCAGGGCUCAGUUUUAUCGGAACUCCCGUGUGCGGAAACGCUGGCGACAACGUAACCGAAGAGCUUUGCAUACGGUGGUAUCAGUUUGGAUCACUUCUACCGCUUUUUAAGGUGACUUCGGAUAGAACCGCCAAUCGAUUUAGCCGAUUCGCCCAACGGAUCAUGCUAUCCACGGUACGGAAACGGUUCGCUCUAUUGGAAUAUUUGAACACACUGAUCGUAACCGAUUCACCCUAUCUGCGCCCGAUGUUUUUCCAUUACGAUGAGGCUCGUAACUUUACCGUUGAACUUUGGGAGCAGUUCAUGGUUGGCAGUUCGCUCUUUGUGGCUCCUGUACUGUUGCCGCAGAUGACGCAAAUCGACAUUUACUUCCCGGAGACGUUCUACGAGCUUUGGUCGGGCGACGAGCUGCCAACCAACGACGUUCUGCACUACGCGGUCGUGGAAUCCGAUUUGCCAAUGUUCUUGAGACCAGGUCACCUGAUCGCACUCCGGGAGAUUUCCGACGAUAUUCUGGCGGUUGAGGAAGCCCGCCUACAGCCGAUGUACCUGAUUGGAGCGUUCGGGUGUAACAUUCGAAAAACACGUUGCGAAUCCAUCGGUGCGGUUGUGUUUGUUGUCGGGUUUAAGCUGAACUAUUCCGCAGUUUUGGAUGAAGAGCUUGUAGUUCGCAUCCAGCUAACAACCGAUGAUGUCAAUUUAACGGAAAUGGCAUGUUCAUCAACCGCAAAAACUCUUUCCGGCGAAAUAGGUUCCAUUCAGCUGUACGGACAUCCCAAUCGCACCGAGCCACUAGUGGAACAGUUGGGCUUCGAUUUGUGUCAGCUGGUAGAGAGCGACGAGUUGAGCAAAAUCUAUCGCUUUCCGAACACAAACAGAAACGAAGCUGUCAUUGAUAAAUAAACGCAAUUUCACCACGGCCCGCAAACAGGCAAACACGUCAUAAAAAUAGCACGGAAAAUAACUAUCACUUUUAUAUACGCUGCAAGCAAUCACAGCUUAUCAAUAUUUUUCCUCUGCUAGUACUCAGCAACAACAUGCCAGCAAAAAGGCCUUGUCCCCUGCAAUCGUCGAUAGUUUCAUCAGUAAAAAUAUUCUCAAAAGGCAAUUCCUCGAUCGGCAUCGCAAAAUAAACCUCUACUUGAUAACGUCCUUGAAUCUUAGCAUGGCGGAGUCUAGCGAAGUGUGUGCACUCUAUAAAAAUGUUAAACGAUGAGAAUGUGAAAAGCUUUUCCUCAAGUGUUAUUGUAACAAACAAAAUAACAAAAUCCUGUUCGCCAGACUAAUAAUACAAAAUACAAUGAUUAUAGGAUGAGACGAGGGUUAAAAAAUACGGUUAUACAAAUUAACAUCGAAACAAAAGCAAACAUAACCGUAUAAUGAUGUCGUCAGCCGACUAAAACUGCAAUGCCACAAAAUGAACGGAACAAAUUAAAAGUUUUAUUGCUCCGCAGUGAUUCACAUUUUUCCGAACAUAAUUUCGAUGCGGGAAACUAUUGAAACGCAAAUACGAGCGAAUUCUCUUUGAAGAGAAGUAAAAAUAAUUAAUUGUCGACCAUCAUAGCAGGAAACCCGUAAUUUGUCUGAUCUGUAUAAACAUGCCUUAGCUACCAUUCUUAGUUUCAUAGAAACCUGGAGGCAAAAGCUUGUGGAAAAUAUUUAACAACUGUUUUCGUAAUGCAGUUUCUGUGGAAACUUCAAAAAGUUUGCCAGUGGCAGAUUUGUUCGCUUUCCUAAGUGUUUCUGCGUUGCUUUAAUUUUGCACGUUUACCACCCCCAGGAAGUUCCUUUUGAUGUAAGUCUGUGUAAUUAGCAACUUUUUCCGAGGCAAACCGGAUGGAAAGAAAUUCUCUCGCAGGCAGCAACGCCCACAGUGCGAAUGGAAGGAAACUGGUUGCAGCGAAUCCACGGGCAAGAGGGUCACCUCGAGCGAAUCAUUCAUUGUUAUUUCUGCUCAAAAAACAACCAGAUUUCAGCCAAUGUAGUUAAUGAUUUUCAACAUUGACUAACGCAAA